AUGGCUUCCAACACCGCGGUCUACAGACCGGUAGUUAUUUCGGGACCCUCCGGAACGGGCAAGAGUACCAUUCUCAAGCGACUUUUCGCCGAGUUCCCCGACACGACCAGAGGCCCAAGACCGGGGGAGGAGAACGGAGUCCAGAAAGGCGCCCCCAUCGAUUGUGCUGGAGUGACUGAAACUAACAGCUUCUAUAGUUAUAACUUCGUGACCAAAGAGGCGUUCCUCGACCUUGUUGCCCAAAACGGCUUUAUCGAGCACGCUCAAUUCGGCGGUAACUAUUAUGGCACAUCCAAGCAAGCAGUCAAGGACGUCGCUGAGAAGGAGCGGAUCUGUGUUCUCGACAUUGAGAUGGAGGGAGUCAAGCAAGUGAAGAACAGCGACCUCAACGCUCGAUUCCUCUUCCUGGCGCCUCCGUCCGUGGAGGAGCUGGAGCGUCGGCUCAGAGGCCGUGGAACUGAAACCGAAGAGAGCUUGCGCAAGCGACUGGACCAGGCGGUUAACGAGCUGGAGUACGCGAAGCAGCCUGGUGCCCACGACAAGAUUGUUGUGAACGAUGAUCUGGAGAAGGCGUACGCGGAGGUGCGUGAUUGGGUUGUCGACGGAGGCCGCUUUGGCGCCCCGCAAUAA